AUCAUGUCAAAGGUUGUGUGAUACACCUAUUUAACCUUGUUUCCUUCUUUAUUUAGUAUGAUACAAGGAACUUAAUUUCAUAAUGCCUGCUUUUAACUACAUAAGAAGUCCAUCACGUAUUAAGAGAGCAUUAAGUUGGAAAGAAACUUUCAUUACUGAAGAGGACUGGCAGAGUAUGGAGGAGAACGAUAUAUCGAAAAUGGAAGGGCAAGGAACAAUGCAAUCUCCACCAUCUUCAGUUGUUGCAAUAGCAAUAAGUGGGAACAAGAAUAGCAAAUAUGUGGUGAAAUGGGCAUUGGACAAAUUUGUUCCAGAGGGAGAGACGCGCUUCAUGUUGCUACAUGUCCGCCCUGAGAUCACUGCAGUUCCAACUCCUAUGGGAAACUUGAUUCCUAUUGCACAAGUAAGAGAGGAUGUAGCAGAUGCCUUCAGGAAGGAAGUCGAGUUACAAGCAAGCGAAAAGCUUCUUCCGUACAAGACGAUGUUUAUUAGGAGAAAGGUGCAAGUAGGAGUUGUUCAAAUUGAAUCAAAUGAUGUUGUAAAUGCAAUAGCAGGGGUAGUAUCUAAAUGUUCUAUCAACAAGCUUGUCAUUGGAACCUCAACUCCUGGCCUAUUUUCAAGGGGAAGAAACUUAUCUGCAAGUAUCUCAGAAACUGCUCCAACCUUUUGCACAGUUUAUGCUGUGUCGAAGGGAAAACUGUCGUCAGUGCGUCCCUCGAGUUAUGAAAACAAUGGAGCUGUUACAGAUGAUAGUAGUGAUACAAGUGGUUCUUCCAACAAUUCUACAGGCCAUAGUUUUAGCUCUCAAGCAGAGAGGACGGAUCACAGCUCAACUUCACCUGCUUCAUACUCUCAUUUGUAUUCUCCUUCUCGUAAAUUGCAACGCUAUCAAGCUAAAUCCCCAACACACCACGCCCUGCAAACACUUCUCCAUAAGAGAACAAAUAUUGGUGAAACCAUCCAAUCUAGAAGUUCAUCUAUCGAAAUUGGAGAAGCGUUUCAAGCCCUCUCAAUUAAAAACAAUACUAAAAGAGCAAAUCUGAGUGAAGUCAUCCAUCCUAGAGCUAUGACUAUUGCUACUGGAGAAGCCGAGGAUGACAAAAGUUGCUAUUUCAGUAGCUCAGGAAUUACUGAUCCCAAUAGUCUUAAUUCAAGUUUCAAGAAAGCAAAAGUAGACAACCAACAAUGGUCAACAAGUCAGUCUUCCAACUCAGAUGCUCCAACAGAUUCUUCAUCUGGAAGUCAGGUUAACAUCAAUUAUGACCUAGAAAAGCUGAGAAUUGAGCUCAGACAUAUUCAAGGAAUGUAUGCAAUAGCUCAAACUGAGGCAAUAGAUGCUUCUCGGAAGCUGAAUGAAUUUCAGAAGCUUCGAGUGGAUGAAGCGAAUAAACUGAUGGAGAUAAACCUUAAGGAGGAGGAAGCCAAAGAAUUAGCAGAACAAGAGAAGCUAAAAUGUGAAGCAGCAAAGAAAGAAGCAGACUAUGCAAUGGAAUGUGCUGAAAGAGAAGUUGAGAAAAGAAGAGCAGCAGAGAGCAUUGCAAACCGGGAGGCUAGAACGAAAGAAAAGCUUGAGAAAUCAUUAGUGCUACCUCUCCAUCACUACCAGGAAUUCACAUGGGAAGAGAUUGUGACGGCUAGCUCAUCUUUCUCUGAGGAUCUUAAGAUAGGAAUGGGAUCAUAUGGAAUGGUUUACAAGUGCUAUUUGCAUCAUACAUCUGCAGCAGUGAAAGUUCUUCAUUCCGCUGAGGCUCAUAGAACUAAGCAAUUUCAACAAGAGCUUGAAAUAUUGAGCACAAUUCAUCAUCCUCACUUGUUAAUUCUACUUGGCGCAUGCCCUGAACGCGGUUGCCUAGUAUACGAGUACAUGGAGAAUGGAAGUUUGGAGGAUAGGUUGAUAAGGAAAAACAACACACCUCCACUUACAUGGUUUGACAGGGUUCGGAUAGCUUGGGAAGUUGCUUCUGCUCUAGUUUUCCUACAUAACACAAAGCCAAAACCGAUCAUACACCGUGAUUUAAAGCCAGCUAACAUACUCCUUGAUCAUAACUUGGUGAGCAAAAUUGGAGAUGUUGGACUUUCAACAAUGGUUCAGUUAGACUCUUCCUCAGCAAUGACGGCAUACAAAGACACGAGUCCAGUUGGCACACUUUGCUAUAUAGAUCCUGAGUAUCAAAGGACAGGAUUAGUCUCUACAAAAUCUGAUGUUUACGCAUUUGGAAUGGUCAUUCUGCAGUUGCUUACUGCGAAACGUGCCAUAGCUUUAGCCCAUAUGGUAGAAAUGGCAAUCGAAGACGAUAACUUAGUGGAGUUGCUGGAUCAAGAAGCCGGUGAAUGGCCUAUUGAAGAGACAAAGGAAUUGGCUGUGCUUGCUAUAAAAUGCACUGAGCUUCGACGUAGAGACAGACCUGACUUGAAAGAUGAAGUUCUCCCUGCUUUAGAGAGAUUGAAAGAAGUCGCAGAUAGAGCUCGAGAUUUGAUAUAUAUCCAAUCUCCAUCUCCUAGCCACUUCAAAUGCCCCCUACUCAAGGAAGUGAUGCAAGACCCUUGUGUUGCGGCUGAUGGAUACACUUAUGACCGGAAGGCAAUAGAGUCAUGGCUAAAGGACAACGAUCACUCACCGGUGACUAAUUCACCAUUACCACAUAAACACCUGCUGCCAAAUUACACACUUCUCUCUGCUAUCAAAGAAUGGAAGUCGGGGAAACAUUGACACACGACUUUCAGCUAUAUUCUUGAGCUUCUUUAAGAAAGGAAUCUCUACCACUUGUACAUGCAACUUUUAGUGUUAGACGACAGAUUAGUCUCCUAGAUACAUGCUUUGGAAAUGAAACAACUGAUUGGAAUAUAACGAAUCAAAGGCAAAUUCAGCUCACUGAUGAGCUACAAUGUAAAGAAUUUUUCCAAAUAAACGCUUGAGAUGUUAACAUAAAGUACAUUAAUGUUGGAUUCUCACUUUCAUG